AUGUCGAUUGGAAUAAUUGAACCAUUUAAUUCGAGUUCCAAGCAAUGGCCAGCGUAUAUUCGGCGCGCCCUUAAGCACUUAGCAUCCACAUGUAAUUUUGGCAAGUGUUUAUCGUGCUUAACGGUAGAAGAUAAUCUUCGGGAUCAAUUUGUACCAAGUCUGGCGAAUGAUGCAAUGCGAUCAAGAAUUUUUGCCGAGGCAAAGAUACAGUAUAAAGAGGCUGUGGAACUGGCACUGGCAUUGGAGGCGGCUGAAAGGCACGCAGAGUUAAGGCUCAGUCAUUGUCUGUCUGUCGUUUACAAAUUCCUCAAUUACUACAUCGCAAAAGCAAAAGUGCCAAAACUUCAAGAAGGCAAAAUCACUAUUGAAAUUCCCGAACUCGAGCAAGGUACAAACGAAGUUAAAGACAAAUCCCCUCGCGUCCCGAGGAAACUGCCGCAACACUCGCCAUGGCUGAAUUGGAACUAA